AUGGCAUAUAUCAGGAUAACACAAGUAGAUGGGAUUCUACUCCUCGAUCAUCAAGGGGAGAGAAUCGCCGUCAACUACUACCAGCAGCACUGCGCCGUACCCACAAAUGCUAAUUCACCAAAUAAUCUAUGGGAAGAUGUAGCCAAACAAAAGGCUUUGGAACGUAAUCUUACCAAGGAGUUGGAUUUUACCAAUGCUAAAGAGGGAUCAGCAGGAUGCCGUAUAGUUGACGGGUACCUAGUCAAUUACUAUAUUGCAAUAGAUUUCGCAAUUGUGGUACUGGCACCCAGCAGUGAAAACGAAGUACUACUGUCAGAAGUAUGCACUACCCUCAAACAGUGCCUAGUCUCAAUCACCGAUGACCAAAUGAACAAGGAAGUGCUCUGCACAAAACUGGAUUCCGUAUUCUUGUUACUAGACGAUAUCGUAGAUGGAGGAAUUAUAAUGGAAGCUAAUCAUAGUGUCAUUAUUAAGCGACUGAAGGGGAAAUCGGGCGAUGGAUCAGACCAUGUGCCACUUAAUCAGGCCAUAUAUAAUAUACGCAACAAUGUAAUCAGGAACCUCCUAAACUCUGAAAUGAUAAUAACAUGGCUUAAGCGACCAACUAUACUUCAAAACAAUGCAUACUGGCGAGCGAACUGCCUGCGAAUACAACACGCGAACUUUGGCACGAAACGAGUGACACAGAAGAGAAGAUACAUGCUGAAACUAAUACACCCAGAAGAAAAAAAAACAAUCAAGGUUAUGACAGAAGGAAGAUUACAAUCAGACGACGCAUUACCAAAAUCAUUGCUUUGUAGCUCCGCUAUUAGAAAACUUGUCUAUUCCAAUACGGUAGAGGCACAAAAACUUGCAAACAAAAUCAAUUGGGAUGCAUACAAGUCGAAUGUUCGUGGAGUAAGGUGGCAUCCAUCGGGAUCAUGGUAUGUCCAGUUCAAUAGAAGAAACUACGAAAAAAACUUCUUCGUUAAUUGCCAUUGCUAUUUCAGUGUCGAAAAACACGGAUUCCAAGAAGCUAAACAAAAGGCAAUCGCAUAUCGCAAACGACUUGAAGCGGAAUACGAAGAACUACAAGAAACAUGGAACGACAUCGAUAGACAAAGGAUGGCUAAAAGAAUGGCAAGACGUGAUUAUCGCGAAAAAGCAAUGGAAGAAGAAGAGUUCCUAUUGGCAGAUUCCACGGUUUGA